UGCUAGUUUGCUGUAGCUAAGAGCGUGAGGACCGUGGAUCCUAACGCUGAGGUGAAAGGAGAUUGAGAUGGAGGGGAAGAAGGCCGACGUCAAAGGUAAGAGUGCAGACAUAAUAAUGCAGUUUAAUAGACCAGAGGGAGUGCAUCACAUGGAGAGUCUCCUGCCCAAAUCAGUGAAGAGGAGAGUGCAUGCACUGAAGAGGCUGCAGUUACAGUGCGCCAACAUAGAGGCCAAAUUCUAUGAGGAAGUACACGAGCUGGAGAGGAAGUAUGCAGCCCUCUAUCAGCCCCUCUAUGACAAGAGAAGAGAUGUGGUGUCGGGAGCGGUGGAGCCCACAGAUGAAGAGUGUGAAUGGCACAGUGACCGAGAAGAGGAGGAUCUGGCUGAGGAGCUGAAGAAGAAGGCAGCAGUGGAGGAGAAGAAAGAGGACUCUGCCACCACAGAGGACCCUAAAGGCAUCCCUGACUUCUGGCUCACCACACUCAGAAGUGUGGACAUGCUUAGUGAUAUGGUGCAGGAACAUGACGAGCCAAUCCUGAAGCAUUUACGGGACAUCAAAGUCAAAUUCUCUGAACCUGGGCAGCCAAUGAGCUUCACAUUAGAGUUCCAUUUUGAGACAAACAGUUACUUCACUAAUGCCGUCCUCACAAAAGUGUACAAGAUGAAGUCUGAACCGGACGAGGUAGAUCCUUUCUCUUUCGAAGGGCCAGAGAUUAUUGACUGUGAGGGUUGCCAGAUUGAUUGGCAUAAGGGCAAAGAUGUGACCGUGAAAACCAUCAAAAAGAAGCAGAAACACAAGGGUCGGGGCACGGUGCGGACGGUCACAAAGCAAAUCCCCAACGACUCCUUCUUUAACUUCUUUAACCCUGUAAAAGUUUCCCCAGAAGACCCGAUGGAUGAGGACACGGAGCUCACCUUAGCGGCAGAUUUUGAGAUUGGACACUUCUUCAGAGAGAGAAUAGUGCCCAGAGCUGUGCUCUACUUCACAGGAGAGGCGCUGGAAGAUGAUGACAGCUUUGAUGAAGAAGAGCUUGAUGAGGGGGAAGAAGAGGAUAAUGACGAGGAAGGUGAUGAAGAUGAAGAGGAGGAAUACGACCCUCAGGCUUAAUUCAUUCUCACUCCAUGCAUUGUUAGAAAGGGGAGCCCCAGCCUGCCGAGUGCAAACAGCAGUAAGAAUGGAGAUGUAAUCAUUGAAAACGUCUGUCAAACUGAUCCAAGUCUGUUAACCUGCAGGUCCACUUUCUGCUGGGCCACCCAUACAUAAAUCAGUCAGACAAAUGCAAUAGGAAACCAAAAGCUCAGUAGUGAAGUGCAUGAUCUCUUCUGCCUUUCUAGGUUUUUUUUUGUCGACCUUCACUAAUUUAUAUAUCGGUUCAUGUGGUUACAUAGCGUGUUACUACAUUUUGAACAGAUGCAGGUAACCACAAAGCGAGUUUUGAAUAGUGGUGAAAGUUCUGCCAGAUCCGAAGUUUCUAGAAAAUGAAUUACGUAAUAGUGCCACUCAUUUAUAAUCUGUGUUCUGGGUCAACGUUGCAAUAUCUUGAACGCACCCCCGGGAUUAAGAAAAUUUCCCAGAGAUUUAUUCCUCUGGCGGAUGAGUCACUCAGGGUUUUUUAUGCCAAUUACAAAAUGUCUACCGACAAACUGCUGACAAAGUAUCAAUGACAACAAUAACAACAACAACAACAAAAAUACUCAUUAUUUGUUACAGCCUAUUUAAAUCAGUGUUCCUAUUUUUUUUUUUUUUUUUUUUUGAGUCGAUGUUCUCGUCUAGUCCUUUGAGCUCAUGGUGGUCUCGUGUAGUUGACUUCAGUAGUGCACUGUAUGAAUGCAGCUAUGACUUGCCACAUUUAAAAACUUGUACCGAGCUUCGUAGUGAUUAGCUCACUAUAGCUCUGCCACAGAGCAGUGUCUGUCAUGCCAAAAUGUUGUUUUUUUUUUCUUCAGUAUUUUCAGGAGGUUGGACCUUUUUUUUUUUUUUUAAAGCUUUAUACUCAAGUCAGUUCCUCAGUUCGUAUAUGAUCAGUGAGGAAUGCAGGUCAUUUAAAAUGACUCCUACAGGGUCGCAGAACAUAGCACAUUUUAACAGAGUUUUGCAAACGUUUGGUUUCCUUUACAGUAUGUGUAAUAUAUUUGCAUUUAGCUUUUACUUGUGAAAGAUAAAGAAGCAAAUCUUUAUACCGAGGUAAUUCUUCACACUCCAUUUUAACUGUGUGCUAGCAAUGGCCUUAUCAAGUCUCCCUGGGCUGUUACACAAUAUUAUAUCCAGUUUGUACAAAAUUAGUCCAAAUAUUCUA